UCUCCUCUGUGUACGCACCAGAAAAGUCACUCGGUGGACGAAGACUACUACACGGACCGGACCACCCUGUCCUGUUUCUUUUUAAAAACAGUUGUCAGACUGUGACACUUUUUGUGACUUAAAAGUGUCCGGUUUUCCUGUGGCCUUGAAUCCGUUAUUUUCUGUCAGAGGCAGUCAUGCGCUGGUGUGUUAGAGGUCGGAGGAAAGUCGACCGCUGUCACUUCUGAUUCAUGGACUCAAACCCGGACUUUAGCAACUUAAACAUUUCUGCCAAGAGGCUGAUACAAGGCUGACUUUAUUCACUUCAUAUCAAGAUUUGGCGAAUAUGAAUUUGUCUUUGGACAGUAUGGACAUCCUGAAGAUUGUGCUGUGCAUCUUUGAAGCGGUUUUACUGACUGAGUGUGUAAGAGGACCUCCACGGGUGUCUGAGAAAGUCACACACAGGCAGACAGCCCGUUUGGGCAGUGCCAUCAAGUUGCCAUGUCCAGUGGAAGGAGACCCCCCACCCCUCAUCAUGUGGACCAAAGACGGACGCAACAUCCACAGCGGUUGGAUUCGCUUCCGUAUCCUCCGCAUGGGCCUGAAAAUCAAAGAAGUGGAGGCAGAUGACACAGGCACCUACAUCUGCAAAGCGACUAAUGGCUUUGGAAGUGUUAACAUCAACUACACUCUCAUAGUCAUCGAUGACUCAGGUUCUGAUAAAACUAGACCUGCUGAUGGAGUAGAGUCUGACCUGGGGAGUGAAAAACUUGUGCGUCCUCGCUUCACUCAACCUGCAAAGAUGAGGAAGAGGGUGAUAGCUCGUCCUGUGGGCAGCUCAGUGCGACUCAAAUGCACGGCCAGUGGAACUCCUCGACCAGACAUUGUGUGGCUGAAGGAUGACAGGCCGCUGACUGAACAAGAAGUCGGCGAGGGCCGUCAGAAAAAGUGGACUUUGAGUCUGAGGAACCUGAUGCCAGAACACAGCGGCAGAUACACCUGCAGAGUAUCCAGUCGGGCCGGGGAGAUCAAUGCCACGUACAAAGUUGAGGUCAUACAGAGGACAAACUCCAAACCCGUUCUGACGGGCACUCACCCGGUCAACACGACAGUAGACUAUGGAGGCACCACGUCCUUUCAAUGCAAAGUGAGGAGCGAUGUUAAGCCAGUCAUUCAGUGGCUCAAGCGUGUGGAGUCCAAUGAGGAGAGUCGCUACAACUCCACCAUCGAGGUGGGGGACCACAGAUUUGUGGUGCUGCCCACGGGGGAGGUGUGGUCAAGGCCUGACGGCUCCUACCUCAACAAGCUGCUCAUUACCCGAGCCAAAGAGGAAGAUGCUGGCAUGUACAUCUGCUUAGGUGCCAACACCAUGGGCUACAGCUUCCGCAGUGCUUUCCUCACCGUGCUGCCAGACACGAAGCCUGCCGUCACGGCCAUGUUUCCGGCCACCUCCAGCUCCCUCCCCUGGCCUGUCAUCAUCGGCAUCCCUGCUGGUAUAGUGUUCAUCUUUGGCACUGUGCUGCUUUGGUUUUGCCAGAGCAGAAAACACUGCCCCCCUGCCAGCCCUCCAGCCACACAGGUACUGCAGAGCUCCCACCGGCUGCCGUAUCGAGAGCGGGACAGGGGCUGUGCGGCUCCAUCAUCCAACUCCUCCUGCCCAGACAAAGACUGCAUGGGCUCCAUGAACUAUGAGGAGUACCUGGCUCAGCAGCAGCUCCUGCUCAGCCAAGGAGGACCAACAGUGCCCCCUAAAAUCUACCCCAAAAUCUACACUGAUAUUCACACACACACGCACUCCCAUGUGGAUGGGAAAGUUCAUCAACACCAGCAUAUUCAUUUUCAGUGUUAGCCUCAGUGCCAAAUAUUCUCUGCAGUGUCUCAGAUGGACAAUGAGCUGUGGACUGAGAGCAGACACACACCUCUAAACCGACGUUGGCAGUGUGCAGAUGUGAUGAGCAGUGGCCAGUGUUUUAUUUCAGAAAAAAACUUCCAUAUUUGGUGCUUUUUCAUUUUUCCUGGUAGAAUCUCACACCACUAAAAUCUAUUCAUCCUUGUUGUGCACUUAAUACAAAAAAGGACAAGGACAUUUUCGCAGUGAGUGAAAUUGCAGCUAUUCAGGCAGAUUGAACGGUCUCCUUCAGUGGCUGAAUUUAACAUUUUCCUUGGUGGGAAAUUGGUUCUCAUGAUCAGUUGUUGGAGCGCUGAGGUUGCUGUUUUCUGGUACUCAAGACUCACAUAAGGGCUGUUUUUUUUUUUUUUUUUGCUCCUACUCAGGUUGUCAUUGUACUUGUUGAAGAUGUUAUGCCUGGAAUGCUGACCACUAUUCCUUGUUACUCGUCUCCAUCCCUCACUUUUGUUUCCUGUUAAAAGUGACUGGUAGCUUUUAAUGGCAUGCAAACCUUGCCAAAGACUGCAAGGGAUGGAGGGAUUUGUUUCCAUUUUCCAUGUUAACUGUAUUGGUCGUCAGUGUAAUUUUUAAUUUUCUGUAGAUAAGUUUCCAUUUAGUCAGUAGCAUGUUGAGAGAAACCAGUAGAAUGAGUCUAUGUGACCACAACCUUAUUAUACCACAGUUUAUGAAGCUGUAGUCAGAAUAUUUAAUUUAUUUCCCUAAAAGAAAAUGUAUUAAAAUUUUAUUUUUCAGAGUAAGUCAUUUUUCAUAUCGAUGUAAUGUUAUUAAAGUAUGCUGUUUAUUGUACAUUUUUAAAACUUUGUUCACCAGUUAUAUCUCAUUUACUUAAUGCCAAUAUGUAGGUAUUACUUAUGUAAUUUGUUAUAUUUGACAAUCUUGUUUGUAUUCUGUUCAAGGCUAGAAAAAAAACAUUUUAAGAUUAAAGGAUUGAUAGUUUGA